AUGUGUACAGGUGUAAACACCUGCAGAAAAGGAAAAAAUAUACGUAACAGUCCAUCAACAAACGAAGAAAAACUCAAUCCUCAAGCAUCACUGAAUCAUAAAGAUUUAUCGUCACCGUCAUCAUCACUUACGUUGACGACGAAAAACAAGAAACGAAAAAAGAAACAUCUAUCCGAUGAACAGCGUGUAUUAACUGAUAUGUCCGAUGAACGUUUACAAGUUUAUGGUUUAAAUCCUAAACGUUUUCGAAAUUUUGUUCGUUUUAAUAAAGAUAAAAAAGAUUGA